CUGCCUAACCAAGCCUUUGCAGAUCGGAACUCUAACACAACCAAGUCAAACGAACGCUUGAAUAUCAAGCAGGGUUUUCUCACACGGCUGAGCGUUGGUAAUCGCAGCUGGCACAGCUACAGAUGCAAUGAAAAUCCGACGUUGCGCAGUUACACGAAGAAAGUUGAAGGAGAAGAUCACUCACUGUCUUUGCUCUCUGAAGAAGUGAAUGUCAGCUUUGCAUCAGAAGCAAGUGAAAAUAAUAACAUGAACCGUUCAUUUUGCGCCUUCAACUCGUCUCACCGACCACUGGAUACGGUUCAUGAAGAAAACGAAAGUCAGGAGAGCGCCAUGAUUGGCUCUGAAGCAGUAGUCGGAUCGAAUGUGAUUUCCUCAAGUACAUACCUGUUCGUUGUUUAUAUUCUGCGAGCUUGUUUUUGCUGUGGAGUCGAUGUCUCUCAGAGCUCAUACACAUCAUGUAAUUGA